CUACCAAAGCGCCCAUCUAUGGCUGUCGGUAUCUGACGAAUCUUUUCUACAGCAAAUACAAACGCGAAGAUUGAAGUGGAAGGAAGAAGAGAAGAGUUGUGAAAGUUGUUGAAAAUGGGACAUACAGGCGAGUUCUUCAAGAGAAGGGAUCAGUGGAGGAGGCAUCCAUUGCUCACCAGCAAUCUCCGUCAAGCUACUCCCGGUUUGGGCAUCGCUCUUGUUGCUUUCGGCAUAUACCUCGUUGGCGAACAAGUCUACAACAGAGUUAUUGCUCCUUCUCCUUCUCAUCGCCAACAAUCUCCUGCUUCAUCUUCUCAUUGAUCGUGAGCUUUUUUUGCUUAAGCUGUUUGAUGAUUGUGAGAUGUGGGCAUCAACAAUUCUAUGAAAUGCCAAGUUGGCAUUAUCGGUUUUAUUCAGACUUGGGUUGAGAGUGAAGAUGUCACCAAGGUGGAAGGAUCAAAGCUUGAGGCUGUUUCGAUUUCCGGUUUUAUGGUUUGAUUUAAUAAGUUCAUAGUUGCAUGUGCUAGCAAUAUCUACUCGUUCCACAACUUGGAAUUUGAGACUUAUUGUUUGUUUUUAAUGGAUGUUAUAUUUUUCUCUGUUAA